GGCGGCGGAGGGGCGCUUCAAUCGGGGUGCGGACGGCCGCUCGAGCGGAUGCCGUGUUGUUGAGCGUGCGACACCCACGUGGUGUCCCCGACCGAUAUGGCCGAAGCGGCGGCUGUCCCAGCGGCGGCCAAGGGCCACGGCCGGGCGGCCAGGAUGAAGCGGCGCGUGCAGGCCGUCUACGAGCAGGUCAUGUUUGAGCGGCGCGUGCUGCUCGGCUGCACGGCGGCCGUUGGCCUCUGCGUCUUCCUCUGGAUCGUGGCCGUCAGCACGGACCACUGGUUCACGCUGACGGCGCCCACCGAGGCCGGCGUCUUUAUCAACGAGACCAAACGCUUCUUCCUCACCAGCCACUCGGGUCUCUGGAGGAUAUGCAGGACCUCGUACGGCAACGCUUCCGACGUUGACAACACUAUGCUCUCCAAGUGCAGAUAUCAGGAGUUUUUCCCGAGCGAUCAGAAAAUUGCAAUCGACCACACGAUAGACCACGGCAGUUUGAGAUGUAACGCCUCAAAUAGCAUUUUGAACCAACCCACCAACUUCAAGCCACAGAAGAGCAAGUUCUUUUGCAUAGAUUACAGCCGCACCGAGGUCUCAUUCGCUAUCAUCAGCCUCUUUUUGAUGGUCAUGGGAUUCUUCUUCUCACUUUAUACUUUCCAAAAUCCAAGAUACAUGUUCAAGCGUCUUGCUGGCGGAAUCCACUUUAUCACAGGUGGAUCAGUGUUAGUGGUGAUUGAGGUGUUGAUUAGUUCGAUCGACUACGAGCGGCUACACCUGCCGUUCGUGCACCCGAAGGGCGUGCUUGUCAGCUACGGCUGGUCGUUCGCGCUCGCCUGGCUCGUCUUCCUGGUGCUGUUUGUCUCCGGCUGCGCCUUCAUGAUCUUCUCCCGCAAGCGCAAGGGCAACAAGGCGCCCAACGACGAGAUGGCCAUGGCCGACGAGCCCACCAUCAUCGGCCGGUGAAAACGCCAAGAAUACACGAACGAACUCUCAGCGAUGUGCCGAUUUCCCUCGACUCACAAAACCACAUGUUCUAAUUUUAAGUCGUCCCAUAGCUGAAAUCUCUCGUAUCUGUCUCUCAAUGUGUACAAAGGUGUAAAUAUGUCUCUCGAUGAUUUUUUUGUAUUAUUUUAGGCUUACACACCAAACCCGUCCUUAGACAGCCCCUGGAUUUUCUGCACUGCUUUUCGGGGAAACGUAUUAGAGUUGCCUAGCAAAAUUCUCGUUUGUCGCGGGGCCUAAUUGUAUGAUAAUAUGAUAUUUUUAAUAUUCAAAACUCAAACGCGAGGCAAGGGUUAAAAUGGCCUAAAUAAAUUUAACUUGUAUUUAAACGAAUACUAUGAUAAAAAGUGUAUGUAUCCGUAUUUGUAGGCAAAUACUCUACCUUUGAACUUGUCAACGGCCUCUUGUGAUCGUCUCCUGUUCUGUGUGUCUUGUUGAAAAGGAUUUAAUCAAAUUUGCUAACUAUACAUGUAUGUGUUCAUUUUAACGCUAAAAUAGUGCUGAUGCUGACUGUCUCUUGCGUUCGCCAUUUUUCUUAAUCAAUGUCGCGACUACUGCAAAAUCGCUUGAACUUCCACUCACUCACGAAUCAUUUUCCUUCCUUCUAUGGCGGCUUUUUAUAAAGACACUAGUCUCUUAAAUUGGUCUAACGUUACAUGUUUAGUUCCUUUGUGACUCACAAACAGGACAAAACUUACGUCAAUUUGCUGUUGUGUUUUUAACUGAACAAUUUGUGUGGAUCAUCAUCCUGAUUUUGUAUUUUUUACGUUAAGUUCGUAAGUAUGACACAUUUUAAUCUCAAUGUAUUAUGCUCUUCAGGGCUGUUAAUAAAGUAAAGCGUCAUUAAAAAGAUUAGCGCAGGCCACGUGGCUUGUGUCCGAGCGCAGCCUUCCCUUCCCACUGUCUCACCCUUUUUUGGAUUUCUAAAUGUUUUCUUACACAAUAUUUUUGUCAAAAAGUGGUGAAAAUGUUAUGACCUAUUAGCAACGAUUUCGCUCGCUAGAUUUGACCUCUUUGGCGAUUUAUACAUAUAAAAACGAGUGUCAAACGCAGUAAUGAAUUUGAUCAAAAACAUGUUGAAUUUUGCAAUUAAUAAUUAAAAUUAUCUUCCAAACCA